CAACUUUUUGCCUUCCGAAAUACCCCGACCCGCCCAAGUCUAGGUUGUCGCUAGUAGGUGCUGACCCCGGACGGAAGUACUUAAAAAUUGACCAAGCGUGAUUGUCUCCGCCAACCGGAUUCCGUUUGUAGAUUACGAAGUGCAUAUAUAAUGUAGUCGACUUCUGCAACUUAUGUAGGCGUCACCUAGACUUCUCUACUGCUCUACAGACAUUUCUUGAGGAAGAUACAGAAUCACCGUAAGUAUUUAACCCAUAAAUUCUUUUUAUCAAAGCAAAUUAGGUCACUUGCUCAAAACAGUAUUUAAGUUAUUUCUCACUGUUCAAAUUUAAAAAAAAAUAUAUAAUUAAUGUUACACUUAGUUAGAGAGGUUUUUUUUUUGAAAUAAGAUUUGCAUUUCGCUGCUGCUUUAAAAAAAUUAAAAUAUUUAAGUAAUGAAUAUAAUCAAGAGUGUAUUUAAUAUUAAUUCUACGCAUCAAGGAUCUUAUGCGUGCAUAUUCUUGCAACUAAUAAUAUAUGCUAAUGUAAGAAAAAGAAUAAUAGAAAUGUUUUUUUUUUUUUAUCGCAGUCCAACAUUUUUUAUAAUUAGUUAAUUUUUGCAAAGUGCAAACAUAAGGACCAUCAGGUUCUCAGUGACAAAUUAAAAAAAUAAAAUAAAAAUAAAUGUAAGAAAUAGCGUAUACUUUCUUUUAAACUUUCUAUAAUUUACAAGCGUUCAAUCUAUCACAAGCUUUCAAUAAAUCAUAAGCUCCAAUCAUUCGCAAGCAUUCAAUCAUUCACACGCUUCAAUCAUUCACAAGCAUUCAAAUCAUUCAUAAUAAUUUAAAUAUUAACACGACUUUUAUCAUUCAGAAGCUUCAAUUAUUCACAAGCAUUCAAUCAUUCACACGCUUCAGUCAUUCACAAGCAUUCAAUCAUUCAAAAAAACAUUUGAUCGUUCACAAGCUUUUAAUCAUUCAAAUGCUUAAAUAAUUCACAAGCAUUAAAUAAUUCACAGCAUUUAAUCACUCACAAGCUUCAAUUAUUCACAAGCGUUAAAGCGUUCUCAAGCUUCACUCAUUCACAAGCAUUCAAUAAUUAACAAGGGUUAAAUCCUUCACAAACAUUCAAUCAUUCACGAAAAAUCAAACAUUCACAAGCAUUCAAUUAUUCACAAUCAUUCAAUCAUUGACAAGCGUUCAUGCAAUCAAUCAUCAGAAUCUAUGCUUAAGAGCAAAACUAUUUUUCAUCAAACAUCAAAUCUGCUAGAAUAUCAAAUAAUUCCCCUUAAAAAAAAAAAAACAAGGUGCAAAAAGAUGUGAGAGAUGAUUGUUGGACAUGAUUGGCAAGGUUUAAAGAGAUGUGAGAGAUGAUUGUUGGACAUGAUUGGCAAGGUUUAAAGAGAUGUGAGAGAUGAUUGUUGGACAUGAUUGGCAAGGUUCAAAGAGAUGUGAGAGAUGAUUGUUGGACAUGAUUGGCAAGGUUUAAAGAGAUGUGAGAGAUGAUUGUUGGACAUGAUUGGCAAGGUUUAAAGAGAUGUGAGAGAUGAUUGUUGGACAUGAUUGGCAAGGUUUAAAGAGAUGUGAGAGAUGAUUGUUGGACAUGAUUGGCAAGGUUUAAAGAGAUGUGAGAGAUGAUUGUUGGACAUGAUUGGCAAGGUUUAAAGAGAUGUGAGUGAUGAUUGUUGGACAUGAUUGGCAAGGUUCAAAAAGAUGUGAGAGAUGAUUGUUGGACAUGAUUGGCAAGGUUUAAAGAGAUGUGAGAGAUGAUUGUUGGACAUGAUUGGCAAGGUUUAAAGAGAUGUGAGAGAUGAUUGUUGGACAUGAUUGGCAAGGUUUAAAGAGAUAUGAGAGAUGAUUGUUGGACAUGAUUGGCAAGGUUUAAAGAGAUGUGAGAGAUGAUUGUUGGACAUGAUUGGCAAGGUUUAAAGAGAUGUGAGAGAUGAUUGUUGGACAUGAUUGGCAAGGUUUAAAGAGAUGUGAGAGAUGAUUGUUGGACAUGAUUGGCAAGGUUUAAAGAGAUGUGAGAGAUGAUUGUUGGACAUGAUUGGCAAGGUUUAAAGAGAUGUGAGAGAUGAUUGUUGGACAUGAUUGGCAAGGUUUAAAGAGAUGUGAGAGAUGAUUGUUGGACAUGAUUGGCAAGGUUCAAAGAGAUGUGAGAGAUGAUUGUUGGACAUGAUUGGCAAGGUUCAAAGAGAUGUGAGAGAUGAUUGUUGGACAUGAUUGGCAAGGUUUAAAAACAUAAGAGAUGAUUAUUCGACAUGAUUUCUUCUCCCACAGAUCUGCGAUGCUAUUUUUAUUGUUCCUCGCGCUGGGUGUGUUGGGAUGUCAUUGCAACAGCUACAAUGAAACCAUUUGUGACGCUGCCUCGGUGACGUCGGGUGGUCAAUGGAAGGCCGUCAUCAGGUUUUCAAGUCCCAUCCAUAUAAAUGACGUACGUCCAAUUCCAGUAUUGCUAAAAAAUAAUGAAUUACAAAUCCAGAUUACGAAAGUAGUAUUUUACUAUUCAAUUUCAUAGUUUUUUUUUUUGUAGCUCAGGUUUUGAACAAUCAAGUCAGUCCAACACUCACACCAAAAGUCCAACACUCACACCAAAAGUUCCAACACUCACACCAAAGUAAUGUUCAUUGUCUUAUCCAUUUUAAAACACUUUUUAUUGUUUUCGAUACUCUGGCAACGCAUUAAAAUUUCAACAAAAAAAAAUUAAAAAAAAUAAAUCUUUAGAUAAGCACCAAAGAAGCACACGACAGUUUAAAAAAAAAUCUGGACUAGAUCAUGUUGGGACUGGAACAUUUGUUGAGAGAUCGCAAGUGACCUUGACCUUCAUUUUUUGACGGCAUUUUCUCUUAUCCCUAAAGCCUUUUUUUAAAAAAAGAUUACGUAACGCCAAGACUUAUAAAAACUUUUGAGUUCUGGGCCUUAGUCCAGAUCCGACAUUAAAAAUUUUUUUUAAAAAUAAUUUAAUUUUUUUUUAAAAAUGCACAACCUGUAGAACCUACAUGCAUAAAGAUAUUUCAAAUAACAUUAUGUUUGUUCUUAUGUUUGAUUGUCAGCUUGGCUUUUACGGCGCCAGAAAAUAAACUUUCUCCUUUAGCAUUUCUUUUUUUUUUUUUUGUGCGGAACUCUUGCCUUUGUAACAACGCACUCGUAAUUUAAAGUAAUACAUUUAUUAUAUUUUCAAGAUGUUCGAUUUCACCAAAAAUCCUUCUUAAUUUUUUUUUUAAAACCACCCCACCCUUCUUUGGUUUUAUCUUUUGUGUCACAAGUCAAUAGUUGGCCAGAUUUCCAAACUUAUUCCACAAGAUAACAGACUUUAACGGGCAAUGAACUAAUCAAAAUAAUACCAAAUACCAGAUUAAAAUCUUGUUACACUUUAUCCCGCAAUUUCAGUUGUUUAAAAAAAAAAAGUCUGCCUAAUGUCUUCACAGUGUCUUAAUUUAUAAAAAGCAAUCAGGAGCGUAACUGUGUUUUUGACGCCCUUGGCAACUGCCCCCAUGCCAAGCCGCUGUUACGCCGCUGAAAGUAAUCAGAAUAAAUGAUCGAUUAAAAAGGAACAUUGAAAAAUAAACAUCAACAAAAUCUGAAUUAAAACAAAAAUUAGUAAAUAAACCCAACGCCGAACAAUUUUGAACAACAUUCCGUUAACAUCAAGAAUCUGAAGCUGUUGGUUGAUAUUAUUAUUUCUAUUACGUGGUUUUAUAGAGCGCAGUACCCCAGCCUAGGGAAAUUUUAGUCCUCUUCAGUCUCGAACAUUCAUUUCAUAAACUUUAAUUAACGAUAAAUCACCAAAACAACAUAUUUUCUUACGAUUCAGUAGUGUUCUGAAUUUAACCUGUGCAGCGUCCCACAAACCAGUGACAGAUACCCAGGGGCGUAGGAAGGAGGGGACGGUCCACCAUACCCAGGGGCGUAGGAAGGAGGGGACGGUCCACCAUACCUAGUGGCGUAGGAAGGAGGGGACGGUCCACCAUACCCAGGGGCGUAGGAAGGAGGGGACGGUCCACCAUACCCAGGGGCGUAGGAAGGAGGGGACGGUCCACCAUACCUAGUGGCGUAGGAAGGAGGGGACGGUCCACCAUACCAAGUGGCACUUUUUUCUUUAUAUGGAGUGGCGGCAAAAUUCAUUUUUUUGUGUGGAGAUGGGCCGAAAAAAAUCGUUACCCACACCAGCUACGCCACUGGAUAAAACUGCUAUAAAAUUAGGGUUCAACUACCCCUUUUACCCCCUACCUUCCAAAUGGACGGAGAAGCACGAUUUUCAUGAUUACCCUUCAAUCGGAAUAUUGGCUUCAUGCGCCAUUAGGCUCAAUAGGUAGCGUGAUCAUGUGAGCUCUUUUGUAUCAACUCCGUUUCUAUAAACAUUGGCCCCCAGAAUAAUAUGUAACCAAUCAGGUGUAUUUCACGUGUCCCAGGUCAUCGGUGGCCAACUUUCUCUAAGCCACAGUGAUAGCAGGUAUGUUCAAGUGACCGGUACGGCCCAAGAGGACUUGGACAAGGUGUGUUUCACCUUACUAGGCAGCUACACCGGCGACUCUGCACCCACAACCGUGGCGCUGGUAUACGCACUUCCAGCCAUUGGAUCAGCUGGUUCCAGGGAAAUUAGAAGUCUCAGGGAGAAGCGCGGUAAGCAGGGGUGUAGGAAGUGGGUGUGGAAAGGGCUGUCCACCCUGGGCGGCACUUUCUUACACGGAGAGGGCGACAUUUUCGCUGAAUUGCAGAUUUUAAAAAUAACUUUUUUGAAGGAAAAAAAUCUUCUCCCCCCCCCCCUUCCCGGGGCAGCAGUCACCCUAGCGACACUAAUGGAGGUAACUCAAGGAGAAUCUUGUCAAAAUUAUGACAUUGAUGACAUUUCUGACAUUUUGAUGGUCGCGGGGGAAAAAUCAAUUUUAGGACUAUAAAAUUAAUUGAAUUAAAGUUAAAGUUUUAUUUCCCGUGAAUGCAUUAAUAUCCCCAUCAUCCCCCACACCCACCAAGAGAUUGUCUCCCACGAACUUAAAGAGAUUGUCUCCCACGAACUUAAAGAGGUUAGCCUCCACGAACUUAAAGAGAUUGUCUCCCACGAACUUAAAGAGAUUAGACUCCACGAACUUAAAGAGAUUGUCUCCCACGAACUUAAAGAGAUUAGCCUUCACGAACUUAAAGAGAUUGUCUCCCACGAACUUAAAGAGAUUAGCCUCCGCGAACUUAAAGAGGUUAGCCUUCACGAACUUAAAGAGAUUGUCUCCCACGAACUUAAAGAGAUUAGCCUCCACGAACUUAAAGAGAUUGUCUCCCACGAACUUAAAGAGAUUAGCCUCCACGAACUUAAAGAGAUUAGCCUCCACGAACUUAAAGAGAUUGUCUCCCACGAACUUAAAGAGAUUAGCCUCCACGAACUUAAAGAGGUUAGCCUUCACGAACUUAAAGAGAUUGUCUCCCACAAACUUAAAGAGAUUAGCCUCCACGAACUUAAAGAGAUUAGCCUCCACGAACUUAAAGAGAUUAGCCUCCGCGAACUUAAAGAGAUUAGCCUCCACGAACUUAAAUAGAUUAGCCCCCACGAACUUAAAGAGAUUAGCGUCCACGAACCUAAAUAGAUUAGCCCCCACGAACUUAAAGAGGUUAGUCCCCACGAACUUAAAGAGAUUAGCCCCCCCCCCCCCACGAACUUAAGAGAUUAGCCUCCACGAACUUAAAGAGGUUAGUCCCCACGAACUUAAAGGGAUUAGCUCCCACAUUUGAAAUGAUGUAUUAUUUCCUUUUUCUUAAGUUCUUAGAUUCAAUAAAUUGCCAGAUUUCUUGGACUUAUUUAAUUAUGUAAAUAAAACAAUAAUACAUCAGACGUGUACUCACUCAGCUAUUUAUCGUUGAACUCUCAGCAACCACAGUGUGGACGCUUUCCUCUGUGCCCCAAACAUCGGACAUCAAGGCUCUGCUGAAACCAUUUGAGCCGUACCACCACCAAUGGGGAGACGACUCGCUGUCCGCAUCGACCAAGCACUCUUCCAGCCCCGCCCUCACCGUCCACUACGCCAAGGGAUCUUACUCCAAGACACCACACCGAGGUAAACCAUUGGCUCUUAAACCGAGGUAAACCAUUGGCUCUUAAACCGAGGUAAACCAUUGGCUCUUAAACCGAGGUAAACCAUUGGCUCUCAAACCGAGGUAAACCAUUGGCUCUUAAACCGAGGUCAACCAUUGGCUCUUAAACCGAGGUAAACCAUUGACUCUCAAACCGAGGUAAACCAUUGGCUCUUAAACCGAGGUAAACAAUUGGCUCUUAAACCGAGGUAAACCAUUGGCUCUUAAACCGAGGUAAACCAUUGGCUCUCAAACCGAGGUAAACCAUUGGCUCUUAAACCGAGGUCAACCAUUGGCUCUUAAACCGAGGUAAACCAUUGGCUCUCAAACCGAGGUAAACCAUUGGCUCUCAAACCGAGGUAAACCAUUGGCUCUUAAACCGAGGUAAACCAUUGGCUCUCAAACCGAGGUAAACCAUUGGCUCUCAAACCGAGGUAAACCAUUGGCUCUUAAACCGAGGUAAACCAUUGGCUCUCAAACCGAGGUAAACCAUUGGCUCUCAAACCGAGGUAAACCAUUGGCUCUUAAACCGAGGUAAACGAUUGGCUCUCAAACCGAGGUAAACCAUUGGCUCUCAUUUUCACCAAGAAUUACAAGAUAAAACGUCCCAUUUUAGAUGGUGAUCUGUUAAAUGUCACUAUAAACUUGUCAAAAAGAUGGGCGUGGUUUUAUAAACUACCACCUUGUCCAAUAUGAUGGGCGUGGUUGUAUGAACUAUAAACUUGUGAAAAAGAUGGGCGUGGUUUUAUAAACUACCACCUUGUCCAAUAUGAUGGGCGUGGUUGUAUGAACUAUAAACUUGUCAAAAAGAUGGGCGUGGUUUUAUAAACGACCACCUUGUCCAAUAUGAUGGGCGUGGUUGUAUGAACUAUAAACUUGCCAAAAAGAUGGGCGUGGUUUUAUAAACUACCACCUUGUCCAAUAUGAUGGGCGUGGUUGUAUGAACUAUAAACUUGCCAAAAAGAUGGGCGUGGUUUUAUAAACUACAACCUUGUCAAAUAUGAUGGGCGUGGUUGUAUGAACUAUAAUCUGGUCAAAAUGAUGGAAGUGGUCCUGCAAACUUUAAGCUUGUGAAACUAAUGGGUGUGGUUAUAUAAACCAGACCCUUGACAAAAUGAUGGAAGUGGUCCUGUGAACUAUAACCUUGUCAAAAUGAUUGAAGUGGUCCUGUGAACUAUAACCUUGUCAAAAUGAUUGAAGUGGUCAUGUGAACUAUAACCUUGUCAAAAUGAUUGAAGUGGUCCUGUGAACUAUAUCCUUGUCAAAAUGAUUGAAGUGGUCCUGUGAACUAUAACCUUGUCAAACGGAUGGAUCAGGUCCCAUGAACUAUAACCAUGAAUGUAUUUAUUUAGGCGGUGGCUUUAUGACAACUCCGACUCACUUGCCCGACGGAGUGACUUCCCUUAUUCUGAAAUAUGACGUUUAUUUCGAGAACUUUGGAUUUGGCAUUGGUGGCAAACUCCCAGGUCUGUACGGUGGAGUUAAAGGAGAGGGUGCCUAUCAGUGUUCUGGGGGCAACAACCCAAGCACGUGCUUUUCAUUGAGGUAAAUGACACCAUAACAUAAGCAGUUCAAUUUAAAAUCUAUUAGUUCUCAUGAAAAAACCAGUGUAUCUAGUAGUUCUCAUGAAAUAACCAGUGCAUCUAGUAGUUCUCAUGAAAUAACCAGUGCAUCUAGUAGUACUCAUGAAAUAACCAGAGAAUCUAGUAGUGCUCAUGAAAUAACCAGAGCAUCUAGUAGUACUCAUGAAAUAACCAGUGCAUCUAGUAAUACUCAUGAAAUAACCAGUGCAUCUAGUAGUACUCAUGAAAUAACCAGAGCGUCUAGUAGUACUCAUGAAAUAACCAGAGCAUCUAGUAGUACUCAUGAAAUAACCAGAGCAUCUAUUAGUACUCAUGAAAUAACCAGAGCAUCUAGUAGUACUCAUGAAAUAACCAGUGCAUCUAGUAGUACUCAUGACAUAACCAGUGCAUCUAGUAGUUCUCAUGAAAUAACCAGUGCAUCUAGUAGUUCUCAUGAAAUAACCAGUGCAUCUAGUAGUACUCAUGAAAUAACCAGAGAAUCUAGUAGUGCUCAUGAAAUAACCAGAGCAUCUAGUAGUACUCAUGAAAUAACCAGUGCAUCUAGUAAUACUCAUGAAAUAACCAGUGCAUCUAGUAGUACUCAUGAAAUAACCAGAGCGUCUAGUAGUACUCAUGAAAUAACCAGAGCAUCUAGUAGUACUCAUGAAAUAACCAGUGCAUCUAGUAAUACUCAUGAAAUAACCAGUGCAUCUAGUAGUAUUCAUGAAAUAACCAGAGCGUCUAGUAGUACUCAUGAAAUAACCAGAGCAUCUAGUAGUACUCAUGAAAUAACCAGAGCAUCUAGUAGUACUCAUGAAAUAACCAGAGCAUCUAGUAGUUGUCCAUCUUAGCGUAAGGGGCGGCAAGCUCUUGGUAGUACUGUGCUAAGGAAGAUUGUCUUAUUGACUGACCCAACAAACCGAAUGUCCGCUGGCACAAGGGAACUUUUUUCAUCAUUUUUUCGGGGCUCGUCCGCAUGCAAAAGAACUACUCUGCGUGUCACGUGCGGCACGCGUGACGUAGAUCACUGACCCUGUCUUAGAGUAUACUAAGUAAAAAAAAACACAACCUGUGAACUUAUCCGUCCCUUUGACACCAGGCUGAUGUGGAGAGAGAACGGGGAUGGUGAGGUGUAUGCCUACAUACCCGACAACCAACGCAGUGACUUCAACAGCCGGUCUGACGUAGAGGUCAACUAUCAAUACGGCCAUUCAAUAAUGAGAGGGGCCAUUAAAUUCAGGGUGAGAAUCUUGAAAUGUUUAGUUCAUUAGUCGCACCUACGGGCAUGCUCUGAAAAGAGAGGCCAUUAAAUUCAGGGAGAGAUUCUCUAAUGUUAAGUUUUUUAGGCAUAAAGCUGCUCACUUUUUUUGUGUGUCAUAUAAUAUCAAAGACAUUAUAGUUGUGGCUAAAUCUGGCCGCUAUCUUAAUCACAUAUCUAUCUGGCGCAGCAAGUGUGAUGUCAUUUUAAUGACAUAUCUGUCUCGUGCAGUUCAUGUGUCAUUGACCUUUUAUUUACUUUAAUCCACCCCCUAACUUUUGCCUCCCCCCCCCCCUAUCUUCCCCUUGCUCUAGAAUGGCGCCUGGCAGACUGUGACAGAAGAGGUCCACCUGAACACGGUCCACCAGUUUGACGGACGGGUCAAGUUCUGCGUCAAGCACGGCUCAGAGGCGGAGUCCUGCCACGAGGCCCAACAUCUCAACAUGCGUAACGACGCCAACUUCUUCCUGCGCGGCCUCUUUUUCUCCACUUUUUUCGGCGGCAGCUCCACCAACUUUGCCGCCCCGAACGACUGCCACACGUACUUCAGGAACUUUAGCCUGACCAUUCCAUCCGGGACAGCAGUAGGUUAAACAUAGCACGCAACUGCUUUGUGAACUUUGAACCUUAAACAUUUAUUAAAACUGUUUUUAAACACAACA